AUGGAGAAGCGGACACUGGUUGAUGUACGGAGCAUUAUGUUGGACCAGGCACAGCACAGCUACUCGCUGCUGAGCGCGCCGCUGCACAUCCAGAUGCAGUACGCCGUGCUGGAGACGGUUGCCGAUCCCAAGUGGGCGGUCGAAUUCGAAGCCGACAUUGCAUACAAAUGCGUUUCUGUGUCUUUGAUUCCUUCCACUGCAUGCUCUGCUGUUGCAACGGCCAGCGACGGCUCCUCCUUCUUGCGUCACACAGCGUCCGACGGCGCCACGGCACUGCAGCCGGGCGCAUGUUACCAGCUAGACGUGCAUCUCGCGGAGCUUGACUUGUCUAUGGUGGAAGAGAAGUAUUUGUUGCAGGUUGGCGUGCUCCGUCUGGCUUUGUUGUCGGGGAGCACAAGCGUGGCGGCGGUAAAUCUUGUUAUGCAGACUAAACGAAACGAGCAAAAUGAGCUGAUGCGUAUUAUCAUGAGUCCGCUGGAAUAA